AUGGUUGCGACGGUCAAGAGAACUGUGAGAAUAAAGACACAGCAGUCCAUACUCCCGGACGUGCCACCGUCCGUGGACAACUUCCCUAUGCGCAGAUGGAGCAUCCAGCUCGCCAUACUGGACGAGCACGGGGAGGAGCUGCCCGCGACUCUCUUCGACAAGGUGGUGUACCACUUGCAUCCGACGUUUGCAAAUCCGAACAGGACGUUCACGGAGCCCCCAUUCAAGAUCGAGGAGCAGGGCUGGGGCGGGUUCGAGCUGCUGAUCAGCUGCCACCUGCUGGAGAAGGCCGGCGAGCGCAAGAUCACGCACGACCUGCACUUCAUGAAGGACGCGUACCAGGUAGACCAUGUGAUCCAGGUGCCGAUCAAUAAGCCGCUGCUGCGCGCAGAGCUGGAGAAAAGCGGCCCGGUGGACGAUGGCGCGGCGGUGAGCGCGGCGGCCAUCGGUGAGAACAAGCGCAAGGCCGUGACGAGCAAUGGCGAGACCAAAGCCAAGAAGGUCAAGACCGCGGUGGGGUCUACAGUCAAGGGCUCGGUGGACCUGGAGAAGCUCGCAUUCGGCCUGACGAAGCUCAACGAGGACGACCUGGUCGGCGUUGUGCAGAUGGUCACAGACAACCGCACUCCGGAUAUGAACAUCACCAACAAUGUGGAGGAGGGCGAGUUUGUGAUCGACCUGUACAGUCUGCCCGAGGGGCUGCUGAAAAGCUUGUGGGAGUAUGUGAAGAAGAACAUCGAGUAG